AUGAGGAGUGAAACAGCACCUCUGCUGAAGGGCUCAGCUACUGUUGGCUUCGACGAUAGCAGUGAUGGCAACUCCUUCCGCACGUUCACGCACUCUCCCAACAAGCUUCCAGCAGGUGGUCCCUCGACACUUUACGAGAUCAGCUUGCACCGGUCACGGAAGCGGACACUUGAAAAGGGUUUUGAUGCAAGGGGCAGCUUCGUGCACUUUGCCCACCGCAACCUGAAAAGCGUCGUCCAAUUUGAGGAUGUGCUGGACCGGCCAGGCAUCCGAAGCUGCCUGUACCGAGCAAAGUGGUAUAGGAGGCCAAGCAUGGUUCGCUUAAAGAACUUCAUGACCAGCACCUUCGUAACCCUCUGCUCGUUUGCGAGCCUGCUCGUCGCACUAUUUUGCAGCGACAUAUAUGCUUUUCUGGGCGCUGCUGAUAGCGCCCAGAGCGACAUCCUUCUGUCCGCCGCAUUUGUUUUCUUCUUGCUCGAGUUUCUUGGCAAUGCUUUGUCCGACAAGACUUACCUGUUGAGUUUCUUCUUCUUCAUGGACUUCCUUGGAACCUUCUCGAUGAUCUUCGACAUCUCUUACAUCUGCGGCGCGGAUGUCACCGCCUUCGACAGGCUAGAUCUGGAAGAGAACAAAGGAGGGAAUGGCGUGAUGAUCGUUCGGGCCGCGCGUGCUGCUCGCGUGGGUACUCGAGCCGGACGGCUCAGUCGCGUCGCAAAGAUAGUGCGCUUUUUAUCCGGUGGGGAGGACAUAUCGCAAAGCAAUGUGAAGAUGGCAAAGGUCAUCUCAAACAAGCUGUCCGAUGUCCUCUCAAUUCGCAUCGCCUUCGUGGUGAUACUCAUCGCCGUGGUCUUCCCGUCUUUCAGCAUCUUGGAGUAUCCGGCCAUGGAGGAGUCAAUGUCUGCUUGGACGGACUUCCUGGCAGAUGAAGUCACCAACUUCCGGCAAGGCCGCACGUCUCAAGCUGAGCUGGAUGAUGUCGUCGAGCGCAUGUCCGCCUUUUAUCGGUCAGUCAGCUAUGGUCCCUUUCUGGCCUGUUACUCCGAUCACCGCACCAGCGCCACCCAGGAGCUCCUGGAGUGCGGAGGUGUGGGAAGUGUGAAGCUGGAAUUCCAAACCGAGUUCUCCCGCCCCGAGCGUGGAGAGUUCCUCCUGGUCACCAGUGCCGGGAAGCUGGACGUGUUUUUCGACAUGUCAGCUCCACAACGUCUCGAAUCCUUGAUGGCCAUAAGCCUUAUCGCUUUUAGCAUCAUCGCCAUGCUGGUCUUUGGCACCUUUUUGAGCGAGAAUAUCUCCACCGUGGCCAUCGCGCCCAUGGAGCGGAUGCUGGACGUGGUGCGACACAGAUGUGCUCAGAUUUUCAAGUACACCGCCGAGCUGCAGGAGGGCUCUGAGAGCGAAGUCGAAGAGUCCGAGCACCCCGACGAGCACGAGGAGAGUCAGAGCAACGAGUUCGAGCUGCUGGAGAAGGCCGUGUCCAAGCUGUCCGCGAUCGCGAGCUUGUCCGCCGCAGAUUCUCCUAAAGAGACGGAGCCGCUGAAUGAAGACGACCUCUUGGUGAUGAACUGGACGCAUGGCCGCGGAUUCAUUACCUACGAGGUGGACUUCGGGACUCAGAACGUUCCAGCCAGGUUGCGAUCGCACCAGUUCAGCCAGAAGGACGUGGUGGGCAUCGAGUCGAUGUACCAGCAGGUGCCCUCGGAGAUGCUGGUCCUUUCCAGGACUGAGGACUUCAAUCCCAUGGAGCCGACGUCGAGCCAGCAGAAGGCACUCUGUGUCAUCCACUUGCUCGACAGCCCCGGGUGCAAGGACUUCGUGCGUGGGUCGAUCAACCCCGCCACCUUGAUUCAUUUUGUGGAUGCAGCAGAAGCGAACUACUCGCCUGUCCCCUUCCACAACUUCGGGCACAGUUUAGAUGUCUUGUGUUCACUGUCUCUUCAAUUGGAGCAGUCACAGGCACCUUUAUUUCUGUCCAACGUUGAGCAGUUCGGGCUCCUGGUGGCAGCCGUGGGCCACGAUCUGGGACACCCUGGAGUGAAUAAUCCCUUCUUGAUCGAGACGCGGCACGAGGUGGCCGUGACCUACAACGACAGGUCGCCACUGGAAAACAUGCACUGCGCCCAGCUUUUCCAAAUCCUCCGGCAGCCCGAGACAAACGUCUUCAUGGCCCUGGACAAGGAGACCUAUAAGGAGCUGAGAAAGGACCUCAUCGAGGCCAUCCUACACACUGACGUAACGAAACACAACGAGAUGGUCAAGGAUUUGGCUCUUUUCUACCAGAUGAACUCGGACACGCUUAGCCUGAGGGAGAUGCCCCAGGAGGUUCGGGAGUUGCUACAAUCCAAUCGCAGCGGCUUGAUGAACAGCCUGCUGCAUUCAGCGGACGUGAACAACCCUGCAAAGCCGUGGCACGUUGCCAAGAAGUUGGCCUACCUAUGCAUGGACGAGUUCUUUGCACAGGGCGACCGAGAGAAGGAGUUGAACAUCCCCGUCGGGAUGCUCAACGAUCGUGACAAGGUCAACAGGGCGAACUCGCAGAUCGGCUUCAUCGAGUUCAUGAUUGCUCCUUUCAUCGAGGCUUUAGUCUCCGUUUUCCCUGGCCUCGAUGACCUUGCUUCCAACACUUCUCAGAACAUCGAGAACUGGGCGCGACUUUGGCAGGCCGAGGCAGCCCCUCCUCCGGAGCAGGCCGAGAAGGUGGCAAUGCGUGUGCAAAAGGUGGUGGUCAAGCUGAGUGAUGCGGGUAGAAGAGGUUUGGCCUCACGAGCAGUCACCAAAGACAUGUGA